AAUAUGUAUCGAUAUCGUACAAUCGGGGAUCUUGUGUUUUGUUGAUAUAUUAAAACAACGUGAUGAAAAUAUCCCGCUUUAAAAAGUCGCACAAAACACUGGCAUUUUUUGCCACUCACUUUGAUUAUCGCGAGCCCUAUCAGGUGCUCAUCGACGCAACUUUCUGCCAGGCAGCGUUACAGCACAAAAUUGGCAUCGAGGAACAAAUAAGGAAAUAUUUCCAAUGUAAUGUCAAGCUAUUAACCACCCAAUGCAUCAUACUGGAAGCGGAAGCGCUAGGCGCUCCCCUGACGGGCGCCCUAACAAUUGUCAAGCAGUUCCAUGUGCACAAGUGCGGGCACGAGGGAAAACCCGUCGCGGCAGCGGAAUGCCUCAAAUCCAUGACCAAGGACAAUAGAUACAUAGUCGCGUCACAGGAUCGACUGCUGCAGGCGAGUCUGCGCAAGGUGCCCGGCCGUUGCCUUCUGUAUCUGCACAAGGCGACGCCCGUGCUGGAAGCACCCUCGGACGCAUCUAAAAAGUGGGUGCAAAAGCGAGCCAAGAAUCUGAUGCUGGGCAAGCAGGAAGAAAAAAUCCAAUACAUGAAGGAGAAACAGGGCUUAAAGCCAACCGAGACACCUGUGCAUCCAAAAAAAUGUAAGGGCCCAAAGAAUCCGAAUCCCCUUUCCUGCAAAAAGAGCAAAAAGAAAAAGCCUGCCCUGCAGGGCGUAGAGCAGACAACACGGACAAAGGCCAAAAGAAAACGCGUCAAGAUUCCGGAGCAUAUAAAAGCGGCGCUGGCCAAGAAUUAGCCCUUAUCUAAAGUGCAUUGGUUUAUCUAUAAGUAGAGUAUUGUUACAUAAUGUGCUGAUGUAUAAAAUUAUCAAAAUAUUAUA